AUGCGCCGCGUCGCUGCUGCCUCUGCUUCUGCGACCGCGGUGGCGCCGAUGACAAGCUACCUGUCCACCAACGCGGCGCUCCUUACGAACGCCUGCGCCGUCCACGGUGAGGCGCGUCACCUGAACACGGACUACGACAACACACGCAUUCCGUGGGACUUCACCACAGCCAGCUACGAGAAGAUUCACAACGAGAUCUUGCCCAAGUUCCCACGCGGCAGGCGAAUCUCGGCCACCAUUCCGCUGCUGCAUCUCGCCCAGCAGCAGCAGGGCGGGUACAUCCCGGUGACGGCGAUGUACAAGAUAGCAAAGAUUUGCGAAGUGCCACCGAUGCACGUCUUCGAGACGGUCACCUUCUACUCCAUGUUCAACCGGCAUCCGGUUGGUAAGUACCACAUCCAAUUCUGCCGCACCACCCCGUGCAUGCUGUGCGGCGCCGACGAGCUGAUGGAGCGCACCAUGCACUACCUGAACGUGCGCAUGCACGGCACGACGAGCGACGGCCUUAUCACGAUUGGCGAGAUGGAGUGUCUUGGCGCGUGCGUGAAUGCACCAAUGCUGGUGGUGAGCGACUACAGCAACCCGCCCAACUUCUCGUACGACUACAUGGAGGACUUAACGUGGGAGAGCAUCAAGACGCUCGUGGAGAACCUCCGUAGUGGAAAGCCUUUCAAAAUCGGCCCGCAGCGUCCAGAUCGCAAGUACGCUGAGCCGGCCGGUGGGCGCACGUCGCUCCUGUUCAAGGAACCGCCAGGUCCGUACUGCCGUGACUUGGACGAGAAGGUGGACGCCGCGCCGCCCAAGAAGUAG